AAAGUAUAAAAAUGAACGCGUUCGGAGCCCACAUUAUGAUAAGUGAAUUGUGUUUGUGAAAAUAUAAGUAAAGUGAAUAAUGCCGCCGAAAACUAGUGGAAAGGCAGCCAAGAAGGCUGGCAAGGCUCAGAAGAACAUCACCAAGACCGACAAGAAAAAGAAGCGCAAGAGGAAGGAGAGCUAUGCCAUCUACAUUUACAAGGUUCUCAAGCAGGUCCAUCCUGACACCGGAAUUUCAUCUAAGGCGAUGAGCAUAAUGAACAGCUUUGUAAAUGAUAUUUUCGAGCGCAUUGCUGCCGAGGCGUCUCGUCUGGCUCACUACAACAAGCGCUCGACCAUCACCAGUCGAGAAAUUCAAACGGCUGUUCGCCUGCUUCUGCCGGGAGAGUUGGCCAAGCAUGCUGUCAGUGAGGGAACCAAGGCUGUCACCAAGUACACCAGCUCCAAAUAAUUUGUUCCUGCGAGUGCGGACAAUAAUCCAAAACGGCCCUUUUCA